UUAAAAAGAAAAAAAAAUGGAAAAUAUUACUAAUAUUCCUAAAUUGCAUGUUAGAAAUUUAGUUAGAAGAAGUUCAAGACAUUCAACAAAAUAUCAUGGUGUAAGAAGAAGGCCAUGGGGUAGAUAUGCUGCUGAGAUUAGAAAUCCAAAUACAAAACAAAGGCAUUGGCUUGGCACAUUUGAUACCGCUGAAGAAGCUGCUCUAGCUUAUGAUAUUUCUUCUAUUGCUUUUUGUGGUAUCGAAAAUGCACGUACUAAUUUUGUCUACCCUAUUUCGUCUUUUCCUUCACCUUAUAAUAAUUCUACGGCACCACCAUCACCACCACCUCUGCCACCACCACCGCCGCCACCGUCAACGCCGGAGUUGGAAGUGGUUGAAAAUAAUUGCAUGAAGAUUGAGAUGAAUGAUGAUAUUAAUGAUGAUGAUGAGUCUCUUGUUAUUGCUUCUAUUUUACAAAGUUUUCGUUAUACAAACACACUAGAUAAGCUGGCUCUUUGAGGAUAUCUUCAACAGUUUUGAAUACUUUUUUUUCUUAAUAUUAUUUGUUGAAAAUGCUAUGGAAAAAAUUAAAAGAUAUUUUCCUCAUUGAUGCAAAAUUAUUUAACAUAUUUGAUCUUUAAAUUAGUUGAGAUUUAUUCUUUUCGACCUUCCAAUAACAAAGCUACAAC